GUUGGGGCCGCUUCCCAUUCGCUUCCUCCUGAUCCCCCCGAAGCUCCAGCGAUGAAUUUUUUCGUCCUUUCUCUGAGGAAUCAGAUUAUGAUGCAUGAUUAUCACAGAAGAAAUUCAUGUCUAUAGCUUUUAAGGACUUGAUUACAUCAUUUUCAAGCCUGAUAGUUUUGAAAUCACCAUUGCAGCUUUAAACACAUCUGCCUUCAUUCAGCCCCCCUCUUCAUACAAAGAAGAUACAAAAACGUGUGCAGCAUUUUCACACUCCAGUUCCCUUGGAUUAUUUACAAAUUUCUUGGCAUAAAAUCUCACAAAUAUAUCAGGAGCCAACCCUGCAUUUAAAAAUGAUUCCCAAUGGAUAUUUGAUGUUUGAAGAUGAAAAUUUCAUUGAGUCUUCAGUUGCCAAAUUAAAUGCUUUGAGAAAAAGUGGCCAAUUCUGUGAUGUUCGACUUCAGGUCUGUGGGCAUGAAAUGUUGGCUCACAGAGCAGUGCUGGCUUGCUGCAGUCCCUACUUAUUUGAAAUCUUCAAUAGUGACAGCGAUCCACAUGGAGUUUCUCAUGUUAAAUUUGAUGAUCUCAAUCCAGAAGCAGUUGAAGUCUUGUUGAAUUAUGCCUACACUGCUCAAUUGAAAGCUGAUAAGGAGUUAGUAAAAGAUGUUUAUUCCGCAGCUAAGAAGCUAAAGAUGGACAGAGUGAAGCAGGUUUGUGGUGACUAUUUACUAUCCAGGAUGGAUGUUUCAAGCUGCAUCUCUUACCGGAAUUUUGCAAGUUGCAUGGGAGACUCACGUCUGUUGAACAAGGUUGAUGUUUACAUCCAGGAACACCUGUUACAAAUUUCAGAAGAAGAGGAAUUUCUCAAACUUCCACGGCUAAAGUUGGAGGUCAUGCUUGAAGACAAUGUCUGCCUACCUAGCAAUGGCAAAUUAUAUACAAAGGUAAUCAACUGGGUGCAGCGUAGCAUCUGGGAGAAUGGAGACAGUCUGGAAGAGCUGAUGGAAGAGGUUCAAACGUUGUACUACUCAGCUGAUCACAAGCUGCUUGAUGGGAAUCUACUAGAAGGACAGGCUGAGGUGUUUGGCAGUGAUGAUGACCACAUUCAGUUUGUGCAGAAAAAGCCACCACGUGAGAAUGGCCACAAGCAGAUAAGUAGCAGUUCAGCUGGAGGUGUCUCUUCUCCAAAUGCCACAGUACAAAGUCCUAAGCAUGAAUGGAAAAUUGUUGCUUCAGAAAAGACUUCAAAUAAUACUUAUUUGUGUCUUGCUGUGCUGGAUGGUGUAUUCUGUGUAAUUUUCCUUCAUGGACGCAACAGUCCACAGAGUUCACCAACGAGUACUCCACGACUGAUUAAAAGCUUAAGUUUUGAAUUGCAACCAGAUGGCCCAGUAGAAAAGCCCAUGUCUCCCAUGCACUAUGCUCGGUCUGGUCUAGGAACAGCUGAACUGAAUGGCAAACUGAUAGCUGCAGGUGGCUACAAUAGAGAGGAAUGUCUUCGCACAGUUGAAUGCUACGAUCCACAUACAGAUCAUUGGUCCUUCCUGGCUCCCAUGAGAACCCCAAGAGCUCGGUUUCAAAUGGCAGUAUUAAUGGGCCAGCUCUAUGUAGUAGGUGGUUCAAAUGGCCAUUCUGAUGACUUGAGUUGUGGAGAGAUGUAUGAUCCAAAUAUAGAUGACUGGACUCAAGUUCCUGAAUUGAGAACCAACCGUUGUAAUGCAGGUGUUUGUGCUUUGAAUGGAAAACUAUACAUUCUCGGUGGCUCUGAUCCAUAUGGUCAAAAAGGACUGAAAAAUUGUGAUGUGUUUGAUCCUGUAACAAAGUCAUGGACCAGCUGUGCUCCCCUUAACAUUCGUAGACACCAAUCAGCAGUAUGUGAGCUUAGUGGUUAUUUAUACAUAAUUGGAGGAGCUGAAUCUUGGAAUUGCUUAAACACAGUAGAACGCUACAAUCCAGAAAAUAACACCUGGACACUGAUUGCACCUAUGAAUGUGGCUAGACGUGGAGCUGGAGUAGCUGUUCAUGAUGGAAAACUAUUUGUUGGUGGAGGUUUUGAUGGUUCUCAUGCUAUCAGUUGCGUAGAGAUGUAUGAUCCAGCUAGAAAUGAAUGGAAGAUGAUGGGAAACAUGACUUCACCAAGGAGCAACGCUGGCAUUGUGGCCGUGGGGAACACCAUUUAUGCAGUGGGAGGAUUUGAUGGCAAUGAAUUCCUGAAUACAGUGGAAGUCUAUAAUCCCGAGUCAAAUGAAUGGAGCCCCUAUACAAGAAUUUUCCAAUUUUAACAAAUUUAAGGCCCUUUCCAAACUAACAGGCUUAGUGAUGUAAUUGUGUUUAGUAGAGGUACAGUUGUGAAUAGGGUGGGGGGAGGGGGGUAUAUAGACGUUGCUAACAGCAACACAAAGCUUUUGCAUAUUGCAUACUAUAAUACGUGCUGUACAUAAUUUUUUGUGUUUAUUUGAAAAGAAUGCCAAGAUGAAGGUCUGUUUUGUGUAUUUUUAGAAUUUUUUUUUGGUUAUUUUAUCUUUUGGAAGUUGAUAUUGUAAAAAAAAUAAUAAACUAAGAAUUGAUUCGGCAUAUUAUUUCAAGAGUUUCCCUCUCCUCCACAUUUGUUUUGCCAAUUUGCACAUGAAAUGACUUUCUCCUUUGAAUGUGUUUUAUGGGGCAAGAAGGGGGUAAGGUAUUGGAUGUCAGCAAUUAUUUUUUUCAGGCCCCUUUUCAGUAACUGGAAUAAUCUUAAGAAAAAGCCUUUAUUUAAAUAUAUUACAAUGGCUAUUUUUUUUUAGUAAGAAAGCUGACAUGCCUACCAAGAAUUAAUCUUUUAUGAUUGCCUUUUAUAAAACUUUUUAUAUACUCAGCAGAGUGCUUUUAUCUGUUGAUGUGAAAAGUGGCAGAUUCAAAUUAUUGAAGCAGAGGGAGAGUCUUAGAACGUGCUGAGAAGGGAGGCUUCCCUUCAGCUACUAGAAUGCCAACUUCUAAGCUUUGGCCUCAGCUGCAAUACUGUUUUUUGUAUACAACACUUUCAUUAUUUGAAUAGGAUUCUGAACAGUAACAUAGCUGUGAUUACAAUAGAGGAAAAUAAUUCUGGCUUUAAGUAUUUUGACUUGGGUUGAGAAGGGUAUUUGAGAAGGUUUUGAACAAGACUCAUUUAAGUUAAGUGAAAGAUAGUUCAUCUUGAACAGAACAAUCCAAAAUGACAGCCCUUGUUCACGAAAUAUUUAAUGCACUCUACUAGGUUUUUUUUUAAAACAACCUCAAGCAGAAGUAUGUUUUUUUGUUCUUAUGGAUAAACUUGGGAUACUUGGUGUCUAAUGUGUAGUGCUGCACAUCUAACUUAUAGUGCCAAAAUGGGCACUUUCUAAUGCUUACUGCUGAUGCAAACACAUUAAAGGUACCUUGCAGGAAAUCCUUGUACCAUGGGAUUAAUAUCGGAA